AUAACGAAUCCAACUUAACGAGACGUCACCUACGUCACAUUUACUUCAUUGACAAGUGCACUGUGACAGACAGCUCGCCAAGUUAGCCGUGUUGUGUUUGUUGUGUAUCCGCGUGCAGCCCGUAGAGGAAUAUAGUUUCCGGUUUUUGAUUCUAACGCUAGCGAGGAGAGUGGCGUGAUUUAGCCGCAGGUACUUUUUUUUUUUCAAAAAGCCGCUCACAGCUGCUCUGGGGGGCGGAGUGUCUGCAAAGUGCUGCGCCGAUUGGGGCGCUCAAUCGGGGGAAGAGAGAUGGCGUGCUUGUUGGAGGCCCCGCUCCGCAUCAGUGUGCUGUCUGAAGUCACUGCCACUAGUCGCCAUUAUGUUGACAGACUGUUUGACCCGGACCCACAGAAAGUGCAGCAGGGAGUCAUUGACAUGAAGAAUGCUGUCAUAGGAAACAACAAGCAGAAGGCCAAUCUGAUCGUCCUUGGAGCUGUGCCGAGAUUACUGUACUUGCUCCAGCAGAGCUCGUCCAGUCUGGAGCUACGGACAGAGUGUGCCGUGGUGCUGGGCAGCCUGGCCAUGGGCACCGAGAACAACAUCAAGUCCCUGGUGGACUGUCACAUCAUCCCUGCCCUUCUUCAAGGUCUCCUGUGUCUGGACCUGGUCUUCAUUGAAGCUUGUCUUCGAUGUCUCAGAACGGUCUUCAUCAGUCCAGUCACCCCCGUGCAGCUGCUCUACACUGACCCCACUGUGAUUCCCCAUCUAAUGUCUCUACUGAGCCGCUCACAGAGGACCCAGGAGUACAUCACACAGAUCUUCUCCCACUGUUGUAAGACCCCAGAGCACCAGACGGUUCUUUUCAACCACGGUGCCAUCCAGAACAUUGCUCCUCUACUCAUCUCGCCCUCUUAUAAGGUCCGGAUGCAGGCGCUAAAGUGUUUCUCAGUCCUGGCUUAUGAGAACACUCAGGUCUCCAUGACACUGGUGAAUGUGCUGGUGGAUGGCGAGCUGCUCUCUCAGGUAUUUGUCAGAAUGAUGCAAAGGGAUCAACCCAUUGAAAUGCAGCUAACGGCAGCCAAAUGUCUAACAUACAUGUGUCGAGCGGGUGCCAUCAGGACAGACGACAUCUGCAUAGUGCUAAAGACCCUGCCGUGCCUCGUGCGGAUGUGCAGUAAAGAGCAUUUGCUUGAGGAGAGGGUGGAGGGUGCAGAGACGCUGGCCUACCUGAUGGAGCCCGACGUGGAGCUGCAGAGGAUCGCAAGCACCACCGACCACCUGGUGGCCAUGCUGGCCGACUACUUCAAAUACCCCAGCUCUGUGUCUGCCAUCACUGACAUCAAGAGGCUGGACCAUGACCUGAAACACGCACACGAGCUGAGACAAGCUGCUUUCAAACUUUACGCCUCACUGGGCUCCAACGACGAGGACAUCCGUAAAAAGAUCACAGAGACGGAGAACAUGAUGGACCGGAUAGUCAGCGGCCUAUCAGAAUCCAGCAUUAAAGUCCGUUUGGCGGCCGUCAGGUGUCUUCACAGUCUUUCGCGGUCGGUUCAGCAGCUGAGGACGAGCUUCCAUGACCACGCGGUGUGGAAACCCCUCAUGAAGCUGCUGCAGAACGCCCCUGAUGAAGUCCUGGUCAUGGCCUCCUCUACACUAUGCAAUCUACUGCUGGAGUUCUCCCCCAGCAAAGAGCCCAUCCUGGAGUCGGGGGUGAUUGAACUACUAUGCAGUCUGACCCAGAGUGACAGUCCUGCCCUGAGAGUCAAUGGGAUCUGGGCUCUGAUGAACAUGGCGUUCCAGGCAGAUCAGAAGGUGAAGGUGGAGAUUGUUCGGUGUUUGGGGACAGAACAGUUGUUCCGCCUGUUAUCGGACCCGGACACCAAUGUGUUGAUGAAGACCCUCGGUCUGCUGCGAAAUCUGCUGUCAACACGCCCACACAUUGACCAGAUCAUGAGUUCUCAUGGGAAGCAGAUCAUGCAGGCAGUGACCCUCAUCCUGGAGGCGGAGCACAGUAUAGAGGUCAAAGAACAGACGCUGUGCAUCCUAGCCAACGUAGCCGACGGCAACACAGCCAAGGAACUCCUCAUGACCAACGACGACGUGCUCCAGAAAAUCAAAUACUACAUGGGGCAUUCGAAUGUGAAACUGCAGCUCGCUGCCACCUUCUGCAUCUCAAACCUUAUCUGGAAUGAGGAGGACGUUCAAGCAGUGGUCAACAGCGAUUGUGCCCACAAAGGUCAGCACAGCUCAGGUUCUCAGGAGCGCCAGGACAAGCUGAGGGAGAUGGGCUUUGUGGACAUCCUGCACAAACUCACCCAGGCCUCUGACCCUAACCUCUGUGACAGGGCGAAGACGGCGAUGCAGCAGUACCUAGCGUGACUACAGAGGGGAGAGCUCCCCUACUUCCAGCCUAACUAACAAUCGUCUUGAGGACAGCUGCCAUUGGUUCUUUUCGUUCUUGUUUUGUUUAAACCCCGAGGCAUGUUGUUGCACAAAGACACCUGUUUUGGACCUGUGGCUGGCCUCCCCCCCCCCCCCCCCCCACCUCAACAGUGUGGCCCUCUCCAGACGUCACCGUGGAGACUCUGAGACCGUGGUUGAUGGGAAAUCGACGGUUGGAGGGCUUUGCUUGUUUUUUCUUUUUCUUUUUUCAACAAUGAAGUGAAUAUUUUUCCUUUUGGGACUUUGUGUUUUGUCGAGUGCGGCGGCCCGACACCGGCGCCACCUCGGUGCUUUUGGACUCCCGAUAGUGGAGAUUCUGGUCUCCGAGAAGUGGACUACGAGGUUUGACGCAAGAGCAGGGCCUGUCGGACAGCAAAGCUCCCCAGUUUUAUUUUAUUUUUGAUUAAUAUUACUAUUAAUAAUAAUGUUUCCUUCAGGCGUCGCGAGCACGGACACAUUUGGAAAAACACAGACUGCCUAUUUUGAAAUUUUGGGUGUUUUUCUUUUUUUUGUGGAUACAUACCUCGUAAAUAUAUAAAUAUAUAUAAAUAUAAACAUAAAUAUAUAUUUUUGGAUUUUUAUUUUCCCCUGACCCUCUGUUUGUUUUCAUUCAUUCUCUGUGAACCAUCGCGUGAACCCGCCGCAGACUCGUGAUGUAUCUGGGAACGUGGUUUCUGGAGGUGAAUAAGGAAAAGAAAUGUAAUUCCCCUGAAUUCUUUUUCUUCUUCUGUGGUCCUGCGUGUGUCGCCUGUCACUUCUGUUUCUUAUCCUUACAGUCCCAAUGGGAAAUGUAGUUCCAGAGUACCUGCCCAGUUACUAAUGAACAGGCAUGAGCACACACAACAGCGGAGAUGAGAGGGUGCAUGUAUCCUCGCAGCUCUAUUGAACCAGACUUCAUGUCUGUUGCUGUUUCUGCUUUCUCUGCACCCCCCCCCCCCCCCCCCCCCUUGUGUUUGUCAAAAAGGAUAAAUCAAACUGGGUUUCUUUCCUCUGAUGUGUUUUUGAGAAGCGCGACCAGAGUAAAUGUAAGGAAUGAAGUAAGUAUAAGAGACGGCCCCCCCGGAGGCUGAAGCACUAAGCUGCGUUUCUUCCAUCAGGACAUCUCUAGCGUGUUGCUCCCUGACAUUUCAAACCUUACUGAAGCUCUGAUAGAAUGAAUGUUACCAUUGAAAAUAUAUGCAGACCUGAAGAAGGA